GGUCGCUGCAGCCGCGGGAGGCUACUUCCGCUCCGCAGAGGGCGACAGGCAGCGAGACGGUGGCGGAGCUCCAGACACAAUAGACGGGGUUCCGGCUCUUCUUCAAUCCAAACCGGUAUGUCGGAUGAGGAUUCCCGUGCCAGCACCAGCUCUUCCUCAUCACCACCUUCCUCCAGCCAAACCAGACAGAGGGACACGCCUUGUAAGAAGAAACGGGAGAGCAAAGCCAGCAUGAACAAGACCUCCAAGCUGCUUUCCACCAGCGCCAAAAGGAUUCAGAAAGAGCUGGCUGACAUUACACUGGACCCGCCCCCCAACUGCAGUGCUGGCCCCAAAGGAGACAACAUCUAUGAGUGGAGGUCGACCAUCCUGGGACCACCGGGCUCCGUGUACGAGGGAGGCGUCUUCUUCCUGGACAUCGCCUUCACACCCGACUACCCCUUCAAACCCCCCAAGGUGACAUUUCGCACCAGGAUCUAUCACUGCAACAUCAACAGCCAGGGGGUGAUCUGUCUGGACAUCCUGAAGGACAACUGGAGCCCGGCCCUCACCAUCUCCAAGGUGCUGCUGUCCAUCUGCUCCCUGCUCACAGACUGUAACCCAGCUGAUCCCCUGGUGGGAAGCAUCGCCACCCAGUACACGACUAACAGAGCGGAACAUGACCGAACAGCCAAACAGUGGACAAAGCGAUACGCCACAUAAACCCACAGAGGAGGAGGAGGAGG